CCAGUCCAGAACAAUAGAGACAGAAGAAAAGAACAAAUUCCAGUUGGUGACCACUGGGUGGGCCAGUCUGAUGCCGAUGUUCCUUGGGGGGCUACAAUAAGGCAAAGGCACUUGAUGCCACGGCCCACCUGCCAAGUUGUUUUAUCUGCCUAAGCCAUGAACCUUCAGACGCGAUGGACUCUUCUUAUCUUAUUGUUUCUACACAACACAGAUAUCUCCUGGGCAGACAGCUUCAUCGUUGUCGGUCCUUCUAAGCCUGUCGUCACUUAUGUCGGUGAAGAUGUGGUCCUGCCAGCCUCCCUCUCACCAGCUGUUAAUGCCGAGGCCUUUGAAGUGAGGUGGUUUACAACUAACAUCAGGACACCAGAGCUGUUAUACACCAAUUACAAUAUCGGGAUACAGAGUGACACAAGAAGAACUCUGAGCAGAGACAACCUCAAGAAUGGCAACGUGUCUCUAAUAAUCAGAAAUGUCCGUGUUUCUGAUGAACAUCUCUACAGGUGUAAUGUGUACUCAGGACAAACAGAAGAGGAGACUCAGGUCUCACUCACUGUUGAAGUUUUAGGUGCUCAGCCCUCCAUUUCUAUGAGCUCCACUGAAGGCCAGAAGACCCAACUGGAGUGCAGCGCUGAGAAGUGGAACCCCCAACCAGAAGUCACCUGGAGGGACAUGAAUGGGGCAGACGUGACGCCACAGUCCACAAUAAAGUCAGAGCGGGACUCCGAGGGUCUUCUGAGAGUGAGCAGCGUCCUCCCGGUGAAGGAGGAGUACAACGUGUUCAGCUGUCUGAUGAGAAGUAAAGCACCAAAGCCAGACUGGCACUCCGGACUUGGCAUCUACAGUUUCUCCCCAGGGGUCUCUGGCUGGUUGGUGGCUUUCUGUAUCUUGUUGGUUCUUUGCUUAGUGGUGACUCCCCUGCUGGUCAUUCUUUGGAGAAGAAUGAGAGAAACAAACACCAGAUAUGAUUCAAUAGUUGGAUUCCUUCCUAUAUGGUUCCUGCACAAGGAAAUUGAAAAGUCACAACGCGUCACCAAUGCAGAAUGGAGGAGAAUAUGCAGCUCAGCAGCUGAUGUCACUUUUGACCCUGAGACUGCACAUCCACGGCUCAUUGUGUCUGAAGGGAAAGAAGUGAGACAGACAGACACACAACAGGGAGUGACGGACAAUCCAAAGAGGUUUGACGAAUGUGUUUAUGUCCUGGCCAGAGGAGGAUUCACGUCAGGGAGACACUACUGGGAGGUGGAGGUCGGGGGGAAGACUAAGUGGACUUUAGGAGUCGCCAGAGAGUCGGCCAACAGGAAGGGGAGGAUUACAGUGAGCCCAUAUGAUGGAUACUGGAUUGUGUGUCUGAGGAAUGAGAACGAGUACUCAGCUUGCAUUGGCCAUCCUCUCCCCCUCCACCUGAGAGUGAAGCCCCAGACAGUGGGGGUCUUUCUGGACUAUGAUGAAGGUCAGGUCUCCUUUUACAAUGCCCAGUCCCGCUCUCACCUCUACACCUUCACAGACUCCUUCACUGAGCCCCUCUAUCCGUUCUUCAGUCCUGGUCUUAAUGAUGGUG